AUGUUUGAAUUCAAUACCACGACAUUUCAUCCUUCUUUUUUUAUUCUUACUGGCCUCCGAGGGCUGGUGGGUGCCCGCCUAUGGCUGGGACCACUCUUGAGCCUGAUGUACAUUACUACAAUGGCAGGAAACUGCACAGUAAUAUACUUGGUGAGGACUGAGAGGAGUCUACAGGAGCCUCAGUACCAUUUCUUGUCCAUGCUGGCUGGGGCCGAUAUUGUCCUCUCUAUCUCCACCCUUUUGUCUGUGCUCAAGGUCUUUAUCCUUGGCCUCUAUGUAAUUGCAUUUGAUAGUUGCCUCACUCAACUCUUCUUUAUUCAUACAUCCUCUUCCAUGGGCUCAGGUAUCCUGUUGGCCAUGGCUUUUGACCGCUUUGUGGCCAUCAGUCACCCCCUGCAAUAUACCACCAUACUCACCAACUCACGAGUCACCAAAAUGGGACUGGCAGCCUUUCUGAGGGGUGUAGCACUCAUGACUCCAUUGCCCAUCCUGCUAAAGAGGCUGCCUUUCUGCAAGGGCCAGAUGCUCUCCUAUUCCUAUUGUCUCCAUCCAAAUGUCAUGAAGCUAGCUUGUGGUCAAGUCAAAAUCAAUAUUUUCUAUGGUCUGAUUUUGGUCAUCUUUUCUUUUGGGAUUGAUUUUCUCCUCAUAGCCCUUUCUUAUGUUCUGAUAUUCCAAGCAGUGCUGGGUAUUGCUUCCAGAGAAGGACAGAUGAAGGCACUCAAUACAUGCUUGUCUCAUAUCUUUAUUGUGUUUAUUUAUUAUGGACCUCUCCUGGCAAUAACUGUAAUGCAUCGAAUCCACCACAAAAGUUCUCCAUUGGCACAUGCAGUCCUGGGAAAUAUUUACCUCUUUAUGCCCCCAAUGCUCAACCCAAUUGUGUAUAGUCUGAAGACCAAACAGAUACGUGCUGCUCUGAGAAAAUCUUUCAAGGUCCAGCAAGCAUGA